ACAGGCUGAAGGUUGCAGCAGGCAGCAUCAGGAUCUGCAUUCAAAGUGAGUGAAUCUUACGUUCUGGAGUGAGCUUGUUUAUUUGCUGAGACAUGGCCAGUAACCAGGCCAGCCUGCAGGAUGAGCAAAGCAGGCAUUGUAAGUUCUUAUCCUAUAUGUUCUACCAGGCUGUAAGAGACCACAAACCUGUGUGGAUGCUGGAAGAUAUGAGAACUAUGGAGUAUUUUUACUGGGAGGAAAAUGCCAGCCUGAGAACCUAUUCACCUUCGGAAGCACUUCUCUAUGCAGUGGUGCAUAAUCACCUGCCUUAUGCCCAGUAUUUGCUGUCUCAUUUUCCAGAGGAGGCUCUCAAGGUGCCUGGAGAACAUUUCUGCUAUUGCCCGUCUUCUGCGCCUCAUUUGGCCAUGGCAGUAACAUACGACAGGAGGGACAUUUUGGGGCUGAUCAUCAAGAUUGCACACAAGCUACCCAGCCUUAACUCCUACAUCAACAGGACUGGCUGCUUUCAUCUGGAAGAUGGAAAAACCCCACUGCACCUUGCUUGCGAACUGCUGAGGUCCGAAACUGUCCUCAUCCUCCUAGGAAAUGGGGCUUCUCCCAGGAUCGAGGACAGCAAGGGGCUCACCCCAUUGGAUGUCAUCCUGGAGCAGAUGUGGGACUCCAAAGUUAACGUGGCAUCAAAAAAACUCUGCCUCGAUUACCUCUUGCUCUUCAUGCCUAAUCCACAGUUUAAGAUGCGGAAAGUUCUGCAGGAUCAUCCCGAUCACUGGACAACUUUGCUAGGAGAAGACAAAUUCAACAGCCUGGUGGGGAACACACCCGCCUCUUUAUACCUGCAAGCUAUGCAAACUAUUCUCCAGUCUCUCCCACCUUCCCAUUUUCCUAAAAGCAUCCAGGAACUACCUAUACCUCAGGCACUAAAGCCCCUACCUUCCUAUGGCAAAAAGCUACAGACAAAAAAUGUGGUAAAUGUUUUUCCUUGACUAUUUUUGGGGGGUUGGAUUUUCAAAGGCUCCUAAGUGGGUUAGGCACUGACCUCCCCUAGAAUUUCAAUGAGAUAUUGGUACCUAACUCCUGUAGGUCCCAUUUGAAAAUCCAAUAUUUUAUGAUAAGGUUUUCAAUGUUUUUCUAAUUCAUUGCAGGCACGGCACUUUUAAAAAGCAAAAUCCUUCCUUUUUUGUGGUGCAUGUGAAGGGUUAAGUAUAAUUGAAGCAAUUUUUUUAACUGUCAGCUGAAAUCAAUGUAUCGGAAUUCCCAAUAUAUUAACAUUACCCUGUGUAAAUUAUGCUGGCAAAAAAAUGACCUAUCCAUUGGAAUUUUCAAUGACUAACUGUGGAACUGGGUUCUACCAGCAGGAUAAAAAGCACCAAGGGGGUGGAGAUGUUGGGUCUCCUUUCUGCUCUAGUAAUGAGGAAUCCUAUGGCUGGCAGGACUCACUGCAGUCUGCAGUGGUACUGAGUCAGUGCUGCAGAAUAAUAUUGCAUUUCCUCUGAGUCAGAGGCUCUUGCUCAGAGGAUAAAGACAGGUAGCAUAUUGAUGAGAAGGCACCCUUUCUUAUUUGGGGGUGCAUGGGUUAAAGGCUAUCCCAGUGCUGAAGCUGCUGUAGAAUUGCACAGAGAGGAGGGAACCAUCUUUCAUGCUGUUCAGUGAUGGCAGAACCAGUGGAAGUCCACCUUUAAUGAGUGACAUUAGUUCCCCUUGACUUUUGUUUUAAGGGGUGAUGAGACCCCCGAGAAAAUUACAGCUAUGCCUGUGCCUUGAUUUAGAAAUUUGUAUCCAAGCCACCUGCCUUUGUUAAUUACUUAAAGAUGGUAUGUGGUAUUUUGCUGCUAUAAAUCGUCAGCAUGGCAGAUUAGGUCAUUCAUCCUUAAACCACAGAAAAAAGGCCCAAUCAUGCAGGGGGUGAUGUUCACUGGAUUGGUCCCAUAAGGUGAUGUAGACUGCCUUGAAGUCCCAAAGGAACUGAGGGGACUCCCCUUGUUAAUUAGCCAGUACCUUGCCAGCGGGGAAUAUUGCUCCCCACACCUCUAACCACAAUCAAAGCAGCCUAGUGAAAUCGUGAUGCAGCAGCAUGCCACUCUAAUGCCCUUUGCAGCAUAGUCAGUGUGUAGCCAUGAAGUUAUUUCAGCCAAGGUAGUCUCAUCUCUUCCAAUUUAACUCUUUUCUUUACUCCCCAGCCCCAAAAGGAACCCUAUUUGUAGGGUGUGAGAGAUAUACUCAGUGAUAGGCAAAGGGCAUAAUUACACUGUCAGUGUUCAGAAGGUUAUGAACAAGAACUGAUAUGCAAGGGAGUGGUCUGCUAUAUGACUCACUGAAUAGGCCACUUGUUACAUGUAUCGAUGACCUACAUCUGAGACCGUGAAACGCUGAGCUAUGUUCUCCGUUGGUAUAAAUGGGUGCAGCUUCGCUAAAGUCAAUGGAUGCAGCCCCUACAGUGAUAGUAUGGAAAGCAGCACUCUGUGUAUUUGGAUGGCACAAUACUAAAUAACUGGGCAUGCCCGGGGGAGGUGCCCCAAUGGGCUGCUGACUGGGUAUGUCCAUAUGGAGCAUCUCUGCGGCAUGUAGUGGGUACAUCCAGCUAGAAUGCUCCAGUUCUGCUACUGUACAUACUAUUCCAGUGUAUGGCACUUUCUGCAAUGCUGAUUGUAAGUGCAGCUUAACACCCUUUAUCAUCACUGCCAAGUGAAGAAAAUGCCAGCACGGCCUUUUCAAUGGCAGAACAGCAGUGACAGGGUUAACCUAUUUCCCUGCAUGUCCCUUAUUGUGGCAUCUCCAGGAACAAAUAGUUCCUUUUUCAUGUAUUCCUUUUGGGCAGGGCAGCUGGUGGGAGUGGAAUUCUGUGAAAGCCUCAAUUCCAUUUUUUGUGUGUGCAAAGACACAGCCUCUGCAACACAUGCUGGCAGAGCUGAAGGCUGUCACGGCUGAGGGGUGUCUUUCCCAUGAAGCGGAGCCAAGUGGAAGGUAGAUUAGCAUAAUAAGUGCUUGCCCAGCCAACCCUGCCAGUCUGCAGAGAGUGUGCAGGCACCUACAGCCAUAAGCAGUCAUCAGGCCCCAAUGUCACAGCGUGGGAGGGGACAAAGCAGAUGAUCCACCCCCAAGGCUGCUGAACUGACAGAACAAUAGCACAGCUGCUAAAAGCCCCUGCUGGAGUCAGUGGGAGCCAGAUCAAGCUCCACUACGCUGGAACUGCUGCUGAUUUUGAUGUCAGUGCGGGAGAGGGGGAGGCAGUGGGUAGGAAUAUUAAGAUGCUAAUUAAACUCCUGCAACAGAAAAUCCAUAUUAACAACAGCAGAAGGAAAUUCGUCAGCUAUGUUCACGCUCCCUGAUAGCGUUAGACCUUCAGUGCAAAACAGAGCUUCAGAAAAUCCACUCCAGCUAGUGUGGGUGGGUGGAUUGUUUCCACACUGUUAGUAGGGAUUGAUUGUGUGAACAAUUUGGUAUUUCCCAGUAACACAUGGGGAAAUUCACUCCUUGGCAGAGGGCUAGAACUAAUGCAUAUGGCACAAGUGGGCCUUGAAUGUGGGCCCUGUGAACAGGUGCAAGUUUCACUCACUGCAGGGGUCAGAGCUUAGGUUCCCCACUGCUCCAGUCUAUGAAGAUGUCUUCAGUUUGCCUAGUUGAGGAAGUUCAAGGGUAGUGUGAUGGUUGUGAGAAGCUGCCCUCUGCCAGCUGGCCUGCAGCAAGAAGAAAUAUCUUAGCAGCAGCAGAAAAAGGAAUUCUCCUGUAGCUCAAACUAUGGUGUUAUAGCAGCUUAGAUCCAUAUGGGUCGAAAGUUGCUAGUAUCUGAUGUGUGUUCAUUGCUCUGCACGCAAUGAGUUUGGUGUCCUCAGCCCAAUUCUUGAUGAGCAGAAAUCUGAAUCAAAGAAAUCACUACACCGGUCUUCAGUUUGCUCCUUUGUUGGUAGUCUUAGCAGAGUGAACAAAGACCAGAUAGGUCAUGGAGGUCGAUCUACCAUUUGACAUCUAGAGGUGUUCUUAGGACCAGGGAUUGCGGACACUGGCUGACCAAAGUGGAGAGGCUGGUGCUGUUGCUGGACCGGUUGUGAUGAGGAAACCACCAAAGGUGGGGUUGUUUUGAUGGAAGGGAGGGAAUUUUUCCCCAUCCUAGUUCACCUAUCUUUCGCAUUGAUUUGUCAGCUCAUUUUGAUCUCCCAUGUGUCUUCCUUUGCUGUAAGGAUAUUACACCUUACAUGGCAAAAUCUACCUCAGCUUCAUCGCAGUUUUCAUCGACCUUGGGUGGGAGGGGGGAUCCCUAUGCAUUGUUCUUAAGCCUGCUCAUGAGCAAAAUUAAAUUCUAGAUCUGUUAAACAAUCCCUCCAUCCCAUAGGCCCAUAGCCUUGAAUCGUCCCGGAGGAGAAAAUUCCCUGCACUUGCAUGAUAUCUAUAUUAGUGAUUGUAUUUUUUUAACAAGAAAAGGGGUGCUAGAUGCCAUUUAGCAAUGUUUACCUUUGGCAUUAAAAAUUCAUUGAGUCUAAUUUAAGAUCUUUGUUUUUAAACUUUGGAAAGAAUAAGACAGAAAAAGACGGGAGGGAAAAAUGCGUGCCUGGCCCUGGAUGAUCAGUAGGCUCAGCAGGAUUUGAUUUUUAACUUAUUUCUAUGACUAUAGUUGGAAAGGCCUAACUUGUGUAGGUGUGCAUGUGUGUAUACCACAGCACUUCCAGAGCUGCUGACGACGGAGUUUCUGGGAUAAAUUCAUCAAUGUUUGUGAGAUACUCAGAUCUUUCAGUGAUCAAUGCCUUAAAGCCUAUACAUUAAAUCAAGAAAACAGUUUCAUAUGCCUGGCAAGCUACUGGUUGCAGCUAAGGAAGUUUCGUCAUCUGCUGAAGUGGCAGUGGCCUGUGCUCUUGAAGCAGGAGCUCCGCCCCUGAAUACCACGUGGCAAUGGAUUAGAGCAGCACUUCUCAAAUUGUAGGUCGGGGUGGGGAACCUUUUUUGGGUCAGGGACCGCUGACCCACAGAAAAAUCAGUCGGGUGCCAGUAGCUGUGGGGAGGUAGUGGGGGGAUGGAGUGCCAGUGUGGGCUCCCCAAUGCUGGGGGAGGCCCUAAGCCUUGGGUACCAGAUCUAGGCAACCCAGAGGUCACAUACGGCCCCAGGCCUUACGUUCCCCACCCCUGUUGUAGGUCAUCAUGACUGCAUUUAAUAGGGUCCCCAGGGCGCUGUUAGACUUGCUGGGGCCCAAGGCCAAAGUCUGAGCCCAAAGCCCACUGACAGGAGGGGGCAAGGAGGCAACUGCUCCAGGGCUUGGCAAUUAUAAAGGGCCUGGGGCUCUUGGCUUCUACUGUGACAGCAGCGGUGUCCAGAGCCCCAGGUCCUUUAAAUCGCCGCAGACGUGCUUUGGGGCAGCUCUACGGCCGGGCAGGUGAUGCACUUAUCUGUGCUCUGGCCCUGCCCCUUCUGCCCAAAGCCCUGCCCAUUCCAGGAGCAGGGGUGGCAGUGCCCCACCCCCACCUUGCCCAGGGACCCAGCAUGGCUGUCAGCUCUCCUGUUGAGCCCCACUCCCUGGGGUCAAAGCUCAAGGUCUUCUGUCCCCUGGGUGGUGGUGCUCAGGUUUGGGCCCCCUGCCCAGGUUGGACAGCAACUUUUCUUGUCAGAAGGGAAUCAUGGUACAGUUUUGAGGAAACCCACGGUUAGAGCAUAGUGACAGGCAUAACAAAUCCAUGGGUGCUCAAUUAUCAUGUCAGCAUCUAUUUGAGUCUCCUCCCCCCUUUUUUUAUUGAAAUAAAAUCUUUUAAGUGGAUACCCCCAGUUUCCAUUUCUGUCGCUAUGCAGAUGAACAAGCAGGCUCCUGCCUCUGUGCUGCCCAAGAACUGUGGCUUCUUGGUGCCAUUGUCAAACCACUAACAGCAAAGGGACAAAGCCCCUGAGAACUUGUCUAAAAUAUUGUUCAUCUAUCUACAUGUUCAUUAGCAUUGAUGGCCAUUUGUCUUCCUCUGUCCAUUUUGGGGUUCAGUGAGAAACUGACAAAUGCUGAUGUUUACUGAUUGAACUGAAUCCAGCUAAGCCUAAGUGCAAAUGAAUGUUCGCUGUGUGAUUCGACUUUCUUAUAGAUUAAAGCCAUACUUUAUAAUUUAUGUUUCUCUCUUGUUUAAUUUUAUUCCACAUGGCUAUUUGUACAUUACUCUCUGCACGGUAAAAAUGAAAUGAUUGCCUGUAUUGAAACUAAAAUAUUUAUA